AUUGCUAUGAUUGGAUUACUCUGCGCAUGCUCGUUAAGUUCCAGGCAAAUGGAUGUUAAAUUGUGACAUACAGUGAACAUCUUUACUUUCUCCAACCAUGCUGUUUCCUUGCAUCCUUUUGCCAUGCUGGAUCGUGACUGUCGUAGGCACAUCUCGGUUAGAAAAGGCUUUGAAUGCCCUCGAUCGAGGCCUGUCCUUUAUGGAAGAAAGGAUAGAAGAUAUUAAUUUAGAUGCUGUGUUGGGCAUCAGGUUAGUAGAAGAACAGUUGACCGCCUUUCAAGAAUUCGAACCUCGUGAAAUGAACAAGAUUGGUGGCCGCUUAGUGGAGCUGCGAGACAAAGCGAGAACAAUCGCAAAUGAAGCGGCGCAACUAGUUAGGAAAAACGAUCCCGACUACAGUUCAUCCAUUGGUCGUGUGAUGGACCCCAGCAAACGGCUCUUGUGGCAGAGCAGUCGCCCCACUGAUCGAUCCUUGAUACAAGCCCCGGUGCCCUGUGCCCUCUCCGCUUUCAACGAGACGGACUCGGACCACUGCCUGCAGCAGAUACUUGGAAAAGGAUCCGAGCUCCCGUGUCAAAUGAGCGAACGCUGCCUAGAAACGAUGUCUUCCCCACGACAGCAGGGUUAUAUCCUCACGCAUCAAGUGCUCUACUGGGAGAUGCUGCAAAUGCACGACUGUGUGCGAGAUGUAUCCGAUGCUCUGAAAGUGUCUCUGUGCUCCAACGUCCUCAGGGAUGCCGAGAAGAUAGCAGACGCUCGCUUUCCGAGGACACACAGGGAUCUCUUCCUGGAACAGAUCGGCUUAUGCGGAAUGUGGGGCUUUCGUGAUUUCUACCGCAGUACCUGGUUCGAUACCAUCCUUUCCUGGCAACAGCCCUCUGGGUGCUACAACGACAGAGCAAAAUGGUACUGCAUAGAUGAUCUGAAACCGGAUGUACCAGAGAGAAUGAAAAGAAGAGAAAAAAUUUUGAAAGGUGGCUGCCUAUCACAUAAGACAGCAGUGGCUCUCUUAGCGAUCACGGCUAGUAUUCGGUUUGAAGCUAAGAAGGAGUUCCAGUCUUCCAAUUAGGCGAAAUUCCUCUGCGAUUCACAUUAGAUGUAAACUAUGCUCAGAAUUAAACUUCCUAGUAUUAUUAUGUUAGU